AUGCCUUUUUUGAAUUCAUUUCAUUUGAAUUCAUUAGAUGAUUCGAAUAAAAAAUCUCAUAACACAACACGAGUCACUGAUAAUUAUUCAUUUUAUUCUCAUUAUUCGUCGCCAUCCUCUUAUAUGCAAGCAAUCGAUGUAUUGAAUAAUGAUGAACUAAUAAGUUUCAUCCAUCGUCUAAUGGAUGAACGUGAACAAAUAUUAAAAGAAAACGAAUAUUUACGUGCAAAAUUAAAUGAAUCGCUACUUAUCGAAACAAUAAACGAGAUAAAAGGUGAACGUGACAUUCUGUUAAAAUUAUUAGUAAAUACAACAAAUAAUAAUGAACAACAACAAAGAAUAUCAAGAGAACAAAGUCUUUUCAGUCAACCAAGUUAUUCUAACGACUCAUUGCACUACCCACCACCACCAUCAUCUCAACAGGCACAACAAUAUUCAACAUUAAAACCCUCGAUGCAAACGAAUCAACAUCUCAACGACAAAUCUACACGUCAUGGUCUCGAAUUAUCGCCUGAUCCGACAUACGACACGAAUAAUUACGUAGUGCACACGCCACGUUACGAAACAACUAAAAUUCGCAAAACUGACUCAUUUCGUAUAAACAAACAUAACGAGAACUUUCAUCAUUUACCUACAACGUUAUCACCACCGUCAUUGGCACACAUAGAAAAUCAAAAUAAUGAACAGAAGCUCCAUUCUAGUCCUCGACAACGUCGGUAUCGUACUAAAAAUGAGCGUACGCCAACAAAAACAAUCGAUUCUUCUUCAACAGUAACAAAUGCGACCACACCAAAUCGUCGUCGAUUAACUUCUUCCACUGCAACACCAACAGCUGUUUAUCGUAUCGAGGGUAAUACAUUAAAUGCAAAUGAACUGGCGAAUAUAUUCUCAAAAGUGAAACAAACACAUCCAAAUAAAAAAAUAGUUGUGUACAAAGUUCGCCCAAAUAAUAAUAACACUGUGUCACCGCGGACAAUUGUCAAUGGUGGUCAUGAACAAAAUCAAUCAUUAAAUUCAAGUACUAAUGGCACAGCAAUGAAUGAUGAUUUUAAUAGACUUGUUGAUGAAAUGUGUAUAAAACACGGAGUACUGAGUGCAGAAUAUGACACUAUAAACAACGAAAAUACUUACCAAUUAUUGCCAAAAUCAAAUCAGAUAAAAACAAAUAAUCACAUUACUAAAUCCUCAAAACAUUCACCAACAAUAACUUCGUUGUUGCAACAUCAUCCACAGUCACCAUUUCAACCCAUUCAAUAUCGAUCACAUUCAUUACAAGAUCUAACACAACCGGAUAAUAACACUGAUCAACAACAACAUUCAUUUGAGCCAAGUAAAACUGAAAAUGGUGUGAAUGAAUGUUAUUUGGAACCGUCUUAUUCAAGAAUUGUUAAUCUACCCGUUCAAGAACGUUCGCAUUACACACGACAUUGGAUACAGACAAAUGAUAAUACAUAA